AAAUCGCUCCAGUCUGAAGACUUUGAGAUGCAGCUUUACUUCUGUCUGUGAUAAAGUGCAGAUUGAAAACUCAUUCCCAUGAGCAUGUGAUCAUUAGAACUGGACCUUAGAGCAAUGGAAGAAGGUGACCUGGUCUGAUGAAUCACAUUUUCUGACAUAAUGUUUUCACAUGAAACGGGUGAGUGUGUGUUGUUUAUCUGGGGAAGAGAUGGAUGUACGAUUGGAAGAAGGCAAGCCAGCAGAGGCAGUGUGAUGCUCUGGGCAACGUUCUGCUGGGAAGUACACCCCUUCAUGGCAACAGCAUUCCCUGAUGGCAGUGUCCUCUUUUAACAGGAUAAUGUGCUCUGCUGCACUGCAAACAUUUUUCAGGAAUUGUUUGAGCAACAUGACGAAGAGUUCAAGGUGUUGGCUGGGCCUAAUAACACACACUACAAUCCGAUCCCACCUCACAACUUACAGGAUCCGCUGCUAACGUCUUGGUGUCGGAUACCACAGCACACCUUUUGGAGGUCUCGUUGAGUCUAUGCCUUGACAGGUCAGAGCUGUUUUAGUGGGACGAGAGGGAUGUACACUAUAUCAUUUUAUGGGUGAUUGUUGUAUAUCAUUUUCCUCAGAACCUAUAGUGAAUGUGAUAUCAUGGAAAUCAUGUAAUGGUUUAAGCCAAAUUAUCCAAAAUAAUAAUAAUUAAAAAAAAAAAAAAAAGGAAUAUCUAUAUCUAUUAUCAUUAUCAUUAUUAUACACAACCAAUAGACAAAGGAAAAAAAUAAUCUAAUCAAAUUCACCCCGCUGUGUGUAAUUGGCUGUGCUCCAGGAUGGAUUUAAAUGUCUGUGCGUUAACGAACUGAUUUUAUAAAAACAACAAUUCCCUAAUGAUUGUGCCCUGGCAGGGUGUUAAUUGAAAAAUGGCCGUAUAACGUAAGCAGUGUGGUUGUCAUGGAGUCUCAGGGCUAAAACCAAGUGGUUUGCACUUGCAGUUGCUCAAAAGACAGAAGACUCAACUGAAGAUGCAACAAUGCUGGGAGUUUUUCUCGUUUUCACUUCAUGAAUACGUCAAGAACUCCGAUGGAAUAAAAACUACACGCAUAGCGCCUAUCAAUUCUUUAAAAAUUCAAUAGGAUAAUAAGCAACAAGAGAUUUAGAAGAUUAAUUGAUGAGGUAUGUUCACUAUUAUCAUGUAAUAUGCUUAUAAUAAUAUUUUAGGUUGUUAAAGUAUUCACUGUUUAGCUCAUCUUUUUAGUUUGAUCUGUACCCAUUUUUAUUGACACUUUUACACUGCAAAACACUAGCAGUGUAAGACUUUUCUCCCCUAAAUCUUUUCCUUGAGAUAUAUUUUAAAACUGAUCAGGUUUCUACCUGAUAUCUUCAUUAUGGCUUGUAGUGGAUGACCUCUUUAAUAAAAGAAAGGAAGUAGAAAUACAAAUAUAUGCUAAAUGCAGUUUGGAAAUGAUCAGUAAUUUCUCUAAUCCUUGGGAACAAGUGAAUGACAUCCAUGUGUCCAUCCUGGUUACCAACUGUACAGUGUUGCUUGUAACCUUUUUUGUGGGAAUCCCAGCCAACCUUUUUGUCACGUAUGCUGUGUACCAUCAGAAAUCCCUCCAGACCUCCACCAAUGCUCUCUUGGUUAAUCUCGCAGUCAUCGACCUGCUGCGAUGUGCUACAGACUGUCCGUUACUCCUGGUUGUCGUCUUGAACGAAAACAACAAAAGAGACCUUGGGGAUCUUUUCUGUGAUGGCCAGGUGAUAUCAUUUUCCCUCAGCUGCUGUGUCCAGUUGUUCACUCUGGCAAGCAUUAGUGCUGAAAGACACCAGGCCAUUGCUAAUCCAUUUAAGACCGCUAAGCGGCGAAAACGGGUUAAGGUGUGGAUCCCGGUCACCUGGGCUGUGGCCAUCGUGGUGUCAGCUCUGUGCGUCAUGUUUACAAAAGACUCCAUUGUUUAUGUGCGAUGUAGAGCUUUGCAUUGGGAUACUUUAAAGACAUAUGGCUCAUUUGGACGUUAUGUCUUGUUGCCUGUCUGGUCCCUGUGCUUGGCUCUUAUUGUUGGCUUCUAUUCCCACAUAUUUAUCCUGGUCAAAGCGCACAAUAGAAAGAUUUUUGACAAGGGCAUUUCAGCGCCAACUUACAAAAAAGUGCCUGAAGUUGUAGAAUCAAAGAUUGCCUUUGUGAUGGAACCAGUGGCGCUGAAAGAAAUUUAUAAUACUCAAUUCAUUCAAGAGAGAAAUGAGCCAUCACAUAGUACAAAGUCAUGUAAUGGAGAUCCUAAGGACCAAAAUCAGACUCUUUCUAUGGACCCCAAAACCACGGAUGUCAAGAAAGAAGAGACUCUCAAAUAUCCCAACCAGCAAAGUGUAAUACUUGUUUCUGAACUGCACCACGACACAAAUGAACUGAUAGAUCUGGAAAACAAUGGUGAGAAUUCAAGUGAUCUUCUUAAAGAUGUCGAGAAACCAAAAUCUGAGCAAGUUCCUCCAGCAGCAACCAAGCAGCAAAUCGUUUCUGAACCGCACAACCCUUCAACUGAACUGACAAAUCCGAAGAAUGGUGAGGAUAACCCAGGUGAUCCUCCAAAGGAUGACAAGAACCCAGACUCACAGCAGGUUACUCCAGGAGCAGAUGAUGCUCAGACAGCAGGCCAAACCAUAGAGGUGAUGGGAGAAGUGUGCAUGAUGCCAUCCUUCACCAAUAAAGAAAGGGGCAGCAAGAAGAAAGAGAGCAAGCUGGCCAAGCGCUCUGGUUACAUCAUUCUUACUUUUCUAGUCUUCUGGAUGCCGCUGAUUGGGACAGUGGUCCUGAACACGUUUCUGAACAAAAACCAGAUUUGGGAAAUGAUGCAGGAUUUUGAAGUUCUUGUGGUCUCCAUUUCCUGCAUGACAUCCCUCACCAACCCGAUCAUUUAUGCAGUGGUGAAUCCUCAGUUCCGCACCGAAUUCCACAGCCUGAAGGCGAGAUGUAAAGCACUAUACACAAAUUGAAAUAAUAAUAAUAAAAAAAAGACUUUUAAGUCUUCGUUGUUGACCGACCAUGUCAAAACUGCCUGAUAAUCCAAACCAGAAAAGUUUGUUAGUGUUUUUUGCAAUAUGUAAACCAGUUCACUCGCUGCAGUGGGAGAAUGUGUGUAAAUUUUAAUUUAUAGAUACUAAAACUUGCAGUGCAAGAAUCUGAACCUUUCUCAACUUUCUGCUGCCAGAGUUUAUCGGUGUCAUUGCAUAAAUUUACUCAUGUACUGUAAUGCAUGGUGACAAUCUUGGAAUGUCUUUUAUUUAAAACUGGAAAUAAAGUUUUUAGAAAGUUUUAGAAUUUUGAAAACUUGGUCUCUAUUUAAGUGUAAGCACUUUUUUUUUUUUUAAUCUUGACCAUGCAAACUCCUAUAGCAUGGAUCAUCAGGUUUUACACAAACUUGUG